AUGGACAAGAGGUAUUCUGGCGUAGAAGAUGUGUGCCUCGAGUCAUCUUCCUCCUAUAAACCACAUCCGCCGAAGCCGGCAGUGAAGUGUCGGAAUCUGGGUCGCAUCCUCGGUCAAGGAUUUCAGAGUCAAAGGACGGUCCACCUCCAUAAUGGUACGUGGAAACCUGACGAGAAUCGGCAUCUCGCCGAUCACAUUACAGCAGCAUCUACAGCUGGUAGCUCAUUCACAAAUAGCCAUGAACUCAACCUCACAUACUGCCUUAUCUUGCAUAUUGUUGCCACGAGUGGGUCCAGUAAGGAGAUCAAUGCUGGUCACCGCCUAAUCCCCCGUACUAUCCUUUACAUCUCUCCACAGGCCUCGUAUGACUCGAUUCACAGUUGUCCCAUGUCUGGAUUUUCUGAGGAAGCCGUGUGCUUGUCGAUGUACUCCGGCAACAGCGUAUUGUCCGCACCUGUGGGAUAG